UUUACGAAGUUCACUUGGUUUGGUUCAAUUCAAAAGGCAUCUGCCCAUUGAAUACCUACCUAUAAUUACUAUUGUCGUUGAAAAAUACUAUAAAUUAUGGUGAAUUAAAACUGUGGAUUAAAAUAAUUGAUUAAUUAAGUAUUCAACUACUUAUACCUACCUAGUAUUUUUCAGAAAAUACAAAUUUUGAAAAAAUAUACCUACUACCUAAUUAUCAAGAUAGGUAGAUGUUUUAGGAUGAAGUAAAAAAUGCCAUUGCAAAUUCGCACCAUUCAUAUCUGCCUAUUUUUACCGAUUCUUUUCAUUUCAUACAUAAGUCACUGAUUGAAAUGCUAGUAGUUUGUACCUAGCUUUUAUAAAUACUAUUAAUCAGAAUACGAAAAAGUGUGUGUGAAGUGAAGGUUUCAUGUAUUUCUGAAUUAGGUAAUGCCAUGGUAAUGCUAUAUCAUAGACAAACACAGUUUCAAAGAUUUACUGCAUGACAUGAAAUGAAACCAUCUUGAAACUGAAACUUUCAAGCUUUCAUUUUGUUUUAUAAGGAAUCUAUUAUAUGCCUGGUGUGCUAUUUCUUCCUUGGAAUUUUAACUGUCAAAAAUAGUUUUAAUUACUUUGCAUGUAGGUUAGGUAAAAUUCGUAACACCAGCUGAUAGUAUACAUUUUAAUUAGUACAGCUCUCAUACUCCAUGAUAUUUACUAUUGAAAAACGCCAUCUAUAAAUUCAUCUAAUAAUUAAAAACAAAAAUCAUCCUGACAUCUGUUCUGAAUUAAGGGAACUAAUCAGUAACAACUGUAGUCGCUAAUUUGUGAAAGAAACUGCAGAUGGCGCUAUUAAAAUGUGUUUAGUACUUCAACCAACCACCAGAUGUCACUGAGAUGAGAACACAAGGAAACGAAGGCAUUUUUUGAUUUCGGUCCAUUCCAUUCCAGUUCCAACCCAGAUAGGUAUUUCAUGUUUUUUUUUAUAUGAUCUAUGUUUACUAUGGAUACAAUAAAGUUAUUGAAUUCAAUAUUUUUUUCGCAUUUUGCCGGCUACACACUCUCGCCGAACUCAAACAGAUGCCGACGCGAAUGUAGCUAAUAUGAACAUUGCGUUUUGUUUGAGAUUUUACCGCAAUGAAAACUCAGAAAUUUAUGCCGAAUCCGCCGAAAGUCGGCAAAUUGUUUCGCAAUUGCACUGAUUGUGGUUAAUGGCUUCGACCAAUUUGCUUUUUGCAGCCUAGUUUGGUUUGGUAGGUUAUCAAAAAAUCACUCGUGUAAUGAAAUUGUUGUCGUUAUUCAUGAAUUAAUAUACCUAAUACUUUGUUGAAGAAACUACUUUAGGAAUAUGAAUUUUCACAAUUUGUUUGUUGCAGGAUUUGACUAUAAGUAUACCUACCUAUUGCAAAGUACUUAGCAGUAGUACCUAGGUACUUCUUCUACUAAACUAUAAAUUAAAAUUUGAUGGGAAAUAAUCAUUUUAAAUUUACUUGGGUCUUGGAUGUUAAUCUAUACAUUGUAUAUGUCAUAAAAUAUAGUAUCGUUGAGUUAGUAUCCCGUAACCCCGCAAGACUCGAACAUACUUUGGAGCAACUCAAUCUGUACGAUUUGUCUAUAUGUAUAUACAUUUAAUUUAAAAAACAUAUGCAUAUACCUUCCUAAAAUUUGUCCAGUCUUGUUGUCAUAGUGCUCAUAGCACAUCGAACUUGUACUUAGAUGAGUAGAGCUCCUGACCUCGUACCCAUAGCUACGCAAUCCGUAACUAACUUUGCAGCACUCCAGUAGCGUUAUACCUAUUUAAGUUUAUGUGCAAAAGACUUUGUAUUUGUGUUCAUUUACUGUCAUAUAGAUUUGUAUUCGCCCAAUGUUUGUAUGUACUAUAUUAUUGAUAGUACCUAAUUGUCAGGCCGUCGUUAUAUUUCAAACUAUGUUUUAAAAAAAAUGAUCUUCUGUUAUGAUAAGCUAUUACAUUAAAAAGUGGUUAUGGUGUGAUGGUUAAGACGCCCGCCUGGGAACCAAAAGGCCCCAGAUUCGAAUGCUACUCGUGCCACAUGAGUUUGUAUACCAAUCUGACUCAUGUGUUAAUAGUUUUCAUCGACCAUCACUUGCUACCGGUGAAGGAAAACAUCGUGAGGAAACCUGCGGUUGAUUAUCAACUUGUGUAUGAAAUGGAGAAGGCAACGGUUAACCAUUCCAUUAAUAAAGCCAAGAAAGUCGUUAUGUGUGUUUCAUUCCACGUAUGAUCUCAGCCAUGAGGAAUACGACUAUGAAGAGAUAUUAAGAUAGACAUAAUUGUGAAAAUACCCUUUUAUUUCCUGGAUAUUUCACAUUUUAACUUGUAUUGUUGUUGUACCUACUAUUGACCGAGCGAGCGAAGGGUCUACAAAUCAACUUGGUGCAAAAAUAUAUUUUUUGUAUAUGUAAGUACGUUUGUAACGCGAUAACUUUCGAACCGUUGGUCUGAUUUUGAUAGAAUUUAAAAGGUAUGUAGAAUCUGUUAAUAGAGUUUUUAAGUAUGUUCAGUCGUUUCAGUCGUUUUUGAAAUACUCACAAUUAUGUAAAAAUUUAUUGCAAAAAAAAUUAUGCAAACAACUAGUAUUCCUAAAAUAAAAAUAAAAUCUUUGAUAACUUAAGAUCUUAAAUAUUAGUUCUUAAAUACUUCUUAAAUAUUUUUUUAAAUUUUUCUUUUGUUACUUCUGUUGAUAAUAUCUUGAGCUUCGAAGAUGACACUGAAGGGCAAAUUACGGAAACCCCUGUUCAGUUUUCUUAAUUGAAUGCACAAAUAUUCCAUUAAUCGAAUUGGCUUCUGUUAGUUCCAUAUGACCCCUCGUAAUUAUUUUUCUUUACAUAGCUCACUUACAGUUUUAUUAUACGUAUUGAUAAUAGAUAUAUAUUGAUUAAGUUUUCUUUUUAACACCAUAUCCUAUAAUUAUAUAAUGUAUAUGCGAAAGGAAGUUGUUUGUUACCUCUUCACGCUUUAUCUCUUUAGUCAAUCUUCUUGAAAUUUUGCAUACAUAUAAUUUGAAGUACGGAGAAGAACAUAGGGUUUUCGUCCUGGAAAAUAAUGUUAAAUAGGUAUGGCGAAGUUGCGGACAACAGCUACUUGUAAACAUUUUAAACUCUUGUUUUUGUAGUUUAUAAAAAGGCGAUGAAAUAGGUGUAUAUAUAAGUACAGGGUAUUUUUUUUACAUUGCACAUAUUUUGUGAGCUGAAUAAAUACAAAAAUCGACGUAAAUUGGGUGAUCAACUGAGCGUAGAUAUUUUAUGGAAAGUCGAAAUUUUGUGUCCAUAAUUCACUGAUUAUUUCUAUUGGAAGGUGUUGUAUUCAAUUUAAUUACUGAGUUUAUUACAAAAUAUUGUGUUGUGUAUAAAAAAAUAUGUAAAGUAACUAAUUACCUAAGUAGGUAGUAGUAACUUCAGCUAAUGACUGUCUGUUUGCAAUAAACUCAAAAAUUACUGCAUGCGGAUUAUAUUAUACCAAUAUAUAAAAUCAAAAUCAAAUCAUUUAUUUAGAAUUUAGACCUUCAUAAAUACUACUUAGGUUUUAGAUUAUUAGACAAAGGUAGAAAAAAAGGUGGUGACGACAGCAUUCGCAAAGAGGGUUGACGCCAGACUUGACGAAAAUGUGAAAGUUUUUACGGGUUUCGGGUACACAGCCGAUAAUGAAACUGGGAACAUGCGAUGAUGUGACAGAGAGACAGAAAAAUGUAGACAAAAUAAAACUCACUUUAAAUAACUUUCCCGAAACCGCGCCUACAACAAACACAAAACAAAAAAAGACAACUCGAUACAAUUAAAACAAACAAACUCAUCGCAAAAGCGAACGGAUCCGACACAAUCGGGAAAUUUUCAGAGCGAAAUUCCUUCAUUACUGUACAAUACCUACAGACAUACAAAUAACUGCGUCCAAUUUAAAUAACAGCCUUGCAAAGCUGAAAAACAAGCGCGUAACCAAAGUUGGGAAUAAAUUAGCAACCCCCCCAUCACCCCCUUACCCAAUGUGUACACUGAGCAGAAUAUUAUUUGCCUUGCCAGACAAUAAUAGGAUCUAGUGCCCCGCCCUGACAUGUUAGCUUUAGCAAGCCACGCCCAAACCAAGUCCGCUCGUCAUUGGCCCAAACUGUUACCCCUCUCGCUCACCCGUAUCUUCCGUCUCGCUCUCGCGUAUAGCUUUUCCCCGACGCCCGAGGGGUAAAUGUUUUGGUAGGAAACAUAUACGGGGUUUUCUCCGCAUUGUCAAGGUUUAAAUAUUUUUUACGUUAUCCGAAGAAUACCUGAAUGAAUGGAGUACUAGAAUUCGCUUUAUGAGAUUUUUUCAAUAAGAAUCCUUUACGGGAUUAAAGGAUCACGACUCGCACAUAUUUCUUUAAACAGUUGCCUUAGAGAUAUUUUAUUACUUUUCCGUUUGAUGUUGCUGUGAGAGGACUGUUGUAUAUCUUAUAUUACGGGUGGUAUCAUAAAUUAUGGGACUCGAUAAUGUUGCUUAGUAAGUCAGUAGGUAUAGGAGUAAUAAUAUGGAGUUUGUUUCAUGAGGGCUUACCUAUUAAUUUCUUAACUGACCAAAGUUUCGCAUCGUUGUGGUAAUCUAGGAUAUGUUGUAAAUACUUAAAAAAAUAUAUUUAAAAAAAUGCGUCCUAUGGCUACCUAGUCACGAUUUAAACUUCAGACAAAACUUAGUUUUCAACAUAAAAAACGUUGUUCUCCGAAUUUCCAAUAAAAAUCUGUCACAACAGAAAAAAUACGAAUACACAAAGUCGAAUUGAUGGGCACGAAUCAGACUAAUAAUUAUCAGUCGGCGGCCUGAAAUUCAUGCACAAAGCGCCGACCCGCAGUAAUAAUAACGACAAUUGUUGUGUUUACUGGAACGUAAACGCUGGUGGGGCGCCCGGGGGCGGAGCCUGGGGCAGAGGCCCGUCGCCGGGGCCUCGCGCUCAGUCCGCGCCGCGCCACGCGCCCCAACGCACCUCUGACAUGUAAAGCAUGGAAGAUAGUGAUCUCGAUCAAUACCGCGAUAUGAUUAUCGAAGGCGACCUGCCUCUGGACUUGCGACCGCCGCCGAGACUCUACCUGCCGCACUACCUUCGCGACGACACCUCCGAGUAUCCUCAGGACGACACCUACGUCUCCGUCGACGAGGACGCCCCUGAAGUGCCGCCCCCGUCCAGCGAUUCCGACAGAUACGACGCCUCCAGCCCCAUCGACCACAAAUCUGCAUCGCCAAAGAAACCCAAGUCGAAGUCUUCUUCGCAACUCAUCAAACCGCCUUACUCCUACAUCGCCCUCAUCACCAUGGCGAUACUUCAGUCUCCACACAAGAAGUUAACGUUAAGUGGAAUUUGUGAAUUCAUUAUGACCAGGUUUCCUUAUUACAGAGAAAAAUUCCCAGCGUGGCAGAAUUCUAUCAGACAUAAUCUGAGUUUGAACGAUUGCUUUAUAAAAAUCCCUAGAGAACCUGGGAAUCCGGGGAAAGGGAACUAUUGGACGUUAGAUCCUCUGGCGGAGGAUAUGUUCGACAAUGGGAGCUUCCUCAGGCGUCGGAAGAGGUACAAGCGGCCGGCGCCGUCGCUGCAGCACGCGCACGCGGUGGUGGCCAUGUUGGCGCGGGAGGCGUACGCUCCUCUCCUGCCGCUGCCGUGCUACCUGCCUCCAGCUCCCUUGCUGACGCUGCCGCGACCUCCGCCGGCUGCCUUGAGACCCGUCCCGUUACCACCAAGAGUAGCAGAAACUACAGAGCCGCGGGAGAAACGAUCGAGAAACGGGUUUUCGAUCGAGUCCAUUAUCGGUUCUCAAGACUCUUCUGUGAAUUCAGAGCCGCGGCGGAGUGCGUUUUCUCCAUUGCACCAGGGCAAUGGCCCGCCUGACGACUGGGCCAGGUGAAUGUACCUAAACGGGUGCGUUUCGAGUCCAUCCCCUUACUGAAGCGUCCCGACGGGCGGAGACGACGCCUCGCCUAUAGACUGACCUGUGAACCAGUGAACUGUAAUAUAAUGCAUAAUAAAACUGUAUCGAGUAUUCUUGCUUUAAUCAAAAUUGAUCAUAGUGAUAGACUAAAAUGACCAAGCCAAAUAUAGUUACCAGAUUUUUUGUUGCCGAAGAGUAAGUACCAAAUAUUUGUUUUAAUUACGAGCGCAUGUUUCAAAGAUUGUGUUCAGACGUGGAGUGUUGUAUAGAAGCUGAAUAAUUCCAUAUGAAUAAUUACGUCCGUAAAUUAAGGUGUAAAUUAAUGCGACCACGUGCCAAAACUUUAAUGUUGCUACUUUUUAGUUAAAAUAACCUUAAACUUAUAUCAGCUUUUCCUAGGUGCGUCUGUGUUAAAUUUAUUUUUACUGAAUUAAUUAAAAAGUAGCUGCAUUUUAAUAAAAAUCUAGUCAUUUAUGUACAAAGUAGUGUCAAAUGUGAGUUUUUUGUAAAUAUUUUCUUAGGUAUUUUUAUUGUAAGUAGAUAAGCAAUAAUUUUAGAACUAAAGGCGCGUGUACACAGAGUCCUGUAAGUUGAAAUAAUUUCAAUUAAAUUAUGAUUAUCCUGAACUACCUACGCGAGUUUUUAUACUGUUUUAAAACAUUAAAAUUGUAUUUAAAUGUUACAAUGUAGUAUAUUUUUGUGUAAUAUCUUAUUUUUAAGGAUAAACAUAAAAUAUUA